CCAAUACUCACAAUUUGUACACAAAUUUUUGUUAAUCCAAUGGGUACCUGGUUGGAGCGCUUUGUGUGCCCCAACAAGCCUGUUUGCAGUACUGGGAGAAGAGCUACAUUUUACUUUCCUGGUGGGGGCACCUAUGCUGGCUACUGGAAAUUUAAUCAACACCAAGGCUGGGGUGUGAAGAAGACGGCAAAGCGAGAUGCCAAGUACUUCUUUGAUAAGAAGCAGCCCGAUGGUCAACUCGUCUAUGAGGGUCAUUGGGUGAUGAACAAACGGCAAGGGAUUGGGUCGAUGCUACGCAAGCGUGGCGCAGAUUUACAGCUGAUAUAUGCGGGGCGAUGGUACGAUGAUAUGAAGUGCGGCGAGGGCAAACAGUUCUAUUCCGAUGGCUGUGUAUACUUCGGAAACUGGCUUAGGAAUCGACGACAUGGUCUUGGCAUUCAAUGGUAUGGAGAUGGUGGCAUUUAUGUGGGCGAGUGGGAGACUGAUUUCCGACACGGCUUGGGUGUCAUGUUCUAUGCUAAUGGCAACCGUUACGAAGGACACUUUGCGCGUGGAUAUAAAAAUGGCGAGGGUGUGUUCUAUCAUAUGCACACUGGUCAAAUUCAAAAGGGAAUGUGGGAGAAUGAUAAUGCAAAGACAUCCCUGAUGCAGGAUGAAACCCUCAUUCGACGCCACGACACAGUCAGUGCAUAUCCGAUUGAACGGAAUUAUCUAAAAUAUCCCAAUGAAAUAAUACGCGAGCUCUUCCAGAGGUACAAACCUCUCGGCGAUAAGCCACACCGUCGAUUCAAUGACACGGUCACUCUGGAAUUCAUUCACCACCGCAGACAGUUUGCUUGCCUCGAAGAAAGUGUCGUUUCGCCAACUAAUGUGGAUCUCUACCCGAGUUCUGGGUUUGUUUGCACUUGCAACUGCGCUCAAAUAGCUAGAAACGAUACAAAAACAAGUCAGAUCUAACUAAUAAUCAAAAGA